ACUUCAGUGAAAUCGUUGAGGUUUGUGACGUUAUAAUGGAUUCCACGGAGGAGAAUGCUUUCCGGGUUAAAGAGAAGGAACCUGAAAAAGAAUCUCAAACUGAGUCACAGUUUAGCCAAGCUGAUCCAAAGCAUAUAGACGUCUCUCUUGUAAAUCAAAACCAGGCUGCUAAAAGCAAAGAUAAAAAAAUUACAAGCUAUGAAAUUGAAGCUAGUAAAGAAAACCCACACACAAUGACAUUGCCUCACCUCGUGAGAAAAGUCCCAGAGAGUGAUUUGACACCACGUCCCUGGAAAACCUUCAACCAGAUUCUGUGCCUGUCAUAUAUCAGUGUCUUAUUCUUUUUCCCUAUCGGGGCUUUCGCCAAUAAAUAUGCUUGGAAAGCUAUUAGGACUUACAGGAAAGGUUUAUAUGUCUUGGCAAAGAAGUGGGCCAAACCUGCCGUAAUACUGAGCUAUAUUGCUGUCCUUGUUGGAUGUAUUGUGAUCACAAUAAUUGUACUUGCAGUGAAAAAGAUGUUAUAAGAGUUUUGUGCCCUGGUCCAUUAUGUUUUGUGU